AUGCCACCUAGAGUGAGACGAAGGAUCACGUCGUCUCAACGAGAUGAGAUUGAGAAGGAGCAAGAGGAGCAAAGUCAUAAAAUAAUUCGUCCGUUUGAGGAUGUGCAUUCAUUUCCUGUGUCGUAUUCGGCAACCUCGCAAAUUUCAUCAAUUAGCCAACCCUUGACUAUUAAAGAUACAGGUAUACUUUACUUGUCGAUAAUAAAAUCACGAUACAAUAUUUUGCGUCUAUGUCCCAUGUUUCAGCUAUAUUGGGUCAAACAGUCCAGCUAUAUCAAAAAGCUUCUCGAACAGGACAAGCCUGUCCCGCUGCAUUUGAAAAAAGACGAUGUCUAUGCUGGUAGAUCAUGUGUUUUGAAUAAUGAUAUAAGCGCAAGGGAUAUAAUGGUAAAAUUGGUGGACUGCGGAAUGACUAUCGGUGUGCAUUUUUUCGAAAUACGUAUCUUUAUUGCAAAAGACGAGAGAAGUGACACGAAGAAGGAGAAAUUACGGAAUAAACAAGAAAGACUCGAGAAGAAGGCGCAAAGGGAGAAAGAGAAGUUGGAGAGAAGAGCAAAACGAGAAAGGGAUGCAAGGGAAAGAGAGGAAAAGAAGAGGAGGAGGGAAAUUGAAAAGAGAGAAGCAUUACUUGCCAAAGCAAAAGUCGAGCCAAAAGAAAGUGGGACGUCCUUGUCGCCAAAAGGUAGUCUUGACUUGAAAAAAACGAAUUCAAAUUCUGCUAUGUGGGGAACAGUAGAGGAGGGGUCUUUUAAAUUGAGUGGAGGGGAGAAGAAGAUGAAAGCAAAAGCAAAAGCAAAAACUCCAAAGUCUAAGCAACUGAGGUCUGUUGAUAUGAGCAUUGUGGAAAAUAGGUUAAUGAUUGAUAAUCUAAAUUACCUUGCGCGUUUAGAUCCUUCUUUGAAUGAUUUGAUGAACAGGGUAGCUAAUAAUAAUGCGCUGGUGGGUGAGAUUAUUUUGUUUCAGAAAUACAUUGAAAAGGCAAAAUCCCUUGGGGCGCCACCUCACGCAGAUGAAGAAGUUCUUGUGUUUCUUGAAAAAGUGAAGAUUCCUGAGGACGCAGCAAAAGAUCCAAUGGAUUUAGAUGAACCUUUGCAUAAUCUGCAAGAUGAUAUGGAAACGAAAGAAACUUCAGAGCUAAAUAGUAGAUCAGCAGAAGAAAAGGAUACAAACGAAUCCGUCCUGGAGACGGAGGUUGAAACGACACCUGUACAACAGCAGUCAGUGGAGACAGAACCUGUGCAACAGCAGUCAGUGGAGACAGAACCUGUACAACAGCAGUCAGUGGAGACAGAACCUGUGCAACAGCAGUCAGUGGAGACAGAACCUGUGCAACAACAGCUAUUGGAGACAGUGGUUGAUACCAUACCACAAGACAAGCAAAAAGAGGACUCCCCAGCUGAACUAUCAACAAGUGAUUCUCCCGCUGUUGACUCUCAGGAAAAUAUCCAGAGCGAUUUGAAAAUAGAGAUGGUUAUGACUGACACUAAAAAGGAUCAUAAAAGCCAGAAACAGUCGAAAUUAGAAAUAUCUAAAGACCAAAAACUAACCGCAUUUCAAGAGAAAUAUCUGGUCAAUGCAACUGUUUUGUUUGAAUUUCUAGAAAAUGUGAAUGUUCGAUUUCAAUUUCCAACUUAUGCUAUUUGCGAAGUUUUAGAACCAUCAACCAUGAUCAAUGCAGAAAAUGGUGAUAACUCAGAUACUAGCGAUAUCUUGAUGAGCUUUCUAUGGAUUCAUAACCAAAAGAAAGUUGAUGAAUAUGAGGCAGCGUUAAAAGACUACAAAGAAAAAUUGAGAAAAGAAGACGAAGAGAAAGCUAAAAAGGCUGAGGAAGAGAAGGCGGCUCAAGAAGUUGCCAGUGAAGACGUAGGAAUAUCAGCAGAAAAGGUUGAGGAUGGGAAUCAGAUUGAGAAUGAAAUUGAAAAUGAGAAGGAGAAGGAGAAUGGAAAUCUAGUAGUAUCCCGAGAUGUUUCCAGUGAGGACGUUGGAACCCUAGCAGAAAAGGUUCAGAAUGGAAAUGACAUGGUGGACACAGAAACAAAUAAGAACAAUGUUGAUGGACAAUCUGAGCAAAACGUUAUUCAACCAGAGAAUAACACAGCAGAGUUUGAGGAACAAGCGGCUCCUCCUGUAAAGAGACGUGGACCCCCUCCUCCUCGUCGGGGCAAAAAGAAACGAAAGGGGCCAAUAUCAAAAAAAUCUAUGGUUCCAAAACCACUACAGCCACCUGAGGAACCUGUUUAUCUAUAUUCAAGUGUCUCAUUUACUAUUCAUGGAAUGCCUAAAAAGUUUUUACCAAUCUUGAUAAACAGUGUGCGAUCCGUAGAGGAAGUACAAGCCAAGAUGAAUCAUAUCUUGGAUGUUGGUAUACGCCUAACUCCUUAUCAAUUGUGGUAUCAAGUCGAUGGCAAACUUGAUGAGGAGUUAGCCGAACAUACAAGAGUUGAAUUGAAAAAUGAGGAGAGAAAGAUGGUUGGUAUACCGCAAGAGAAACCUGAACCUAAGAAGUACCCGAAAAAGAAGAAAGUCAAGGAGAAUCUUGAAGAGAACAGUAACAAGGAGAAUCCAAAGGAGAGUAGUAAUGAGGAGAAUCGAAAGGAAACUAGUAACGAGGAGAAUCCAGAGGAAACCAGUAACAAGGAGAAUCUAGAAGAAACUAGUAACGAGGAAAAUCUAGAGGAGACUAGUAACAAGGAGAAUCUAGAGGAAACCAGUAUCAAGGAGAAUCUAGAGGAAACUAGUAUCAAGGAGAAUCUAGAAGAAACCAGUGACAAGGAGCCUGAAACCACGGAUAAGGACAAGGUAGAACUUGACUCUACAAUUCACCACUCAACAGAUAAAGAGAGAGAGGAAAUCAUUGAAGCAGAUCAGGCAACAUAUGAAAUUAUUGAACAAAGUGUCGAAAAUAAAGAGUAA